AUGUCGGAGCAAAGACACCAACGUCGUGGCGAAACUCCCCGUGCUCCUGCCCCCCGGCAGGGUGAAGCCUCUUCCUCGAGAUCUCAAUCCGUGUCUCAGACCCCAGGUCAAGCUCCAGUGCUCUCAAUCGAAACACCCUCUUCCGAUCCUGCCAACCGGCCAACGUCAGCCUCAAAGACACCUCGCUCACCCGCGCCAAACCCUCUGUUCCGUGUCCCACAAUCUCCUCUCACUGCAGCAGGUGAAUCUUCUCAGCGAGCGGGCAAAGUCGCCAUUCCAAGGUUAAAGAGGUCGAUUGAUCCGUCCGAAGACCCCGCCCGAUCAGGAGGAAGGCACCGUGUCAACCACGCAUGCGAACCAUGCCGCCACCGCAAGACCAAGUGCAGUGGGGAGCGGCCGGCGUGCAGACAUUGCCAGGACUUCAAGAUUACAUGCUUUUACGCCGAUGGCAAAAGAGAUAGGGCUAAAAAGCAGUUUGGUACUCUGACCGAGAAGGUGACCGACUAUGAGAAACUACUGAGGGAACUGAUAUCCAGGGUCGAUGAAGACGAUGCAAGACUGAUUCGUGCCUCGCUGGAGAAGGAGUCGACUUAUGAAGCCGAAGAAACCCCUACAGAAGGCACCGCUGAAGUGGCCCAACUUGGCGAUGCUGAGGCAGCAGAGGAGUCGUCCGGAGCGGAAUCAGAAGCUUCAGCCGGUGCUGGGUCCACGGGCGCACUCGAUAGAACCGAUGAGGACUUUACGCGUGAGCAGGCCAGGAUGACAGGCUUCAUGGGAAAAAAUUCGGAGGUCACCUGGCUCCAGCGUCUGCGCGAGCAGAACAAGUAUGGAGACCUGCAAGAAGAUCGGCAAGGUAAUGAGAGGCAACAGGCGCUGGCUGCCAUGUCUAGUGCCUCGCUGACUUCAAGACGUCCAGUCGGCGACACGCGAAUGCCCCUCUCGGAAGCGGACGAUGGCUUCACGGUCAAAGAUUCCAGUUAUCACAUGGACGACAUGUCGAUAUUCAUGUACGAGGCCGUGGAUGCAUACGAGAUGCCUACGCCGGAAAUUGCGGAUCAUCUGUUCAAUGCAUAUAUGCAGCGAGUUCACUCGUCCUUUCCCGUGGUCGGCAGGCUGAAUCUUACAACUCAGUUUCGAAGAUUCAUUAGUGGCACCGUGCAAAGACCCCCGGAAAAGUGGCUCGCUAUUCUCAACUUGAUCUUUGCAAUUGGCGCAAAAUAUUCGCACUUGAUUAAAGCCGAAUGGAAAGGCGAUGAGAGGGAUCACCUGAUCUAUUUCACCCGAGCUCGACUGUUGAGUAUGAACUCUGAAACCAUCUUUCAUCAUCCAGAUUUGCAGCAGAUCCAGGUACUAGGCUUGAUGUCGUUUUACCUGCUGUGUGUCAGCCAAGUGAAUCGUGCAUGGUUGUUGAAUGGGAUCGCUAUCCGAGGAGCUGGCGCCUUGGGCCUGAAUAUGCGCAACGACAGCAACGACUUGAAGGACUCACUCAAGGAGAUCCGAUACCGACUCUGGUGGGCUCUCUACGCCCUGGAACAUCGUCUGUGCAAUAUGACGGGUCGAGUCAACUGUGUCAUGGACGACCAUUGCACUACACCCUUGCCAGUUCCCUUGGAAGAAGAACAAUUUGAGACCGAGGAAGGUCAGAGACUUCUGAGCAAGGAAAUACAACAGGGUGACCGCGCACCGUCCUCAAAUUCGCAGACGCCGAGUAUCGGAUCGACCCCUUCAACCGACCGCUCUCGUUCGCAGACCAAAAUCGACUCACGUUCACCUUCAAUGCCCGGAGGGGUCAGAGCCGGUGACUUGGAAUGGGCAAAGGACGUUCAACCUAACUCUUCGCUCUACUUUCUCCAUGUGGUUCAGUUGACCCGCCUGACACAGAACAUCUUCCAUAGUCUCUACAACCCAGCCUCGAUCAAAGGAACAUGGUCAGAAGUUCAGGCCAAGGUGAAGGACCUCGACGAACGCCUUGAGCAUUGGUAUCGCAAACUGCCCCAGGCUUUUGCCUUUCGGCGGAAUCAGCGCGAGCGCGGGUCUUACGAGUUCCGCUUGAACCUGGGCUUCUUUUACUACAGCACCAAGAUGACCAUUCAUCGACCUUGCCUCUGUCGACUCGAUCGCAAGAUUCCCGGGCAGUCAUCCAAAUCACUCGAGUUCAACCGCAAUUCCGCCGCUUCCUGCGUGGAGGCUGCAAUGGACAUGCUUCAACUCAUUCCUGACAAGCCCAAUGCUGUUGGUCUGAUGCGAGUCGGCCCUUGGUGGAAUAUUGUACAUUGGCUGGUUCAAGCGACCACGGUAUUGAUGCUUGAAAUAUCCUUCCGAGCCAAUCACAUGCCGGAAGAAGCAGAAACCAUCUUCGAGUCAUGCAAGAAAGGCAUCCGCUGGUUGCAUGCAUUGGCAGAAGACAACAUAUCCGCUAGGCGUGCCUGGACAUUGUGUUUCACACUGUUCAAGGAAUCGGCCAGUAGAAUUGGCCGCGACGUCGACGACUUGCCACAGGAUCCUCCGGGAAAGCCUUCUCCGCAGCAGCAAGAUAUUUCCAUGGCAAACUACUCUGCGGUCAGCAACCCUCUGUCCCACAAUAUGUACGUGUCGGCUCCCAGCGCGCCUCCCAUCUAUGGCACAAUGCCUGAUAUGCCGAGUGCGCAAACAUUUGCCGCUUUCGACCCAAUGAUGCGAUAUGACCAAUAUUUCGCCCCAGAUAUGCUGAUGAACGAGCCCUCGAUGCAAUUCCCGCAGCCGACAGAUGCGGAGAUCGAGUUUAUGAGUAAUGUCUAUCAUGAGGACCAGGGUCCCCAGCAACAAGUUGGUGAGUCCAGUCAGGGACCCAGGAUGAAUUGA